UUCACUGCAUCUUUCGAAUGUCAAAAUAAAUGUCAGUGUGGUUUACAAUACAACAUUAUUAACAGCUGAGAAAAGCUUUGACUGUUGAAUCUGAUUUAGGAAUAGUAUCUAACAUAUGAGUUACUCCAAAGAGAUCAUCUCCAAUAAAUAACGAUGCUAAAAAUAGCAAGGGAAACCGUAUCAAAUCAAGAGAGUGAUUUUCUUCGACCGAAAGUUUCAAUUUUUCCUUCCUCUAUAGAAAGAGAGAUGUCACCAUAAAACAACAGCCCCCAGAAAAAAUAUAGCAGAAAUAUAUACGAGGAGUCUUCAUAGAUAGAUUUCGGCAAUGGUGGAAAUUAAUUGGACGGAACUUCAAGAUGAUUUGCUUGUUCUCAUAGCUAAGCGUUUUAAUCUGAUUGAAGACUAUUUAAGUUUCGGCACCGUCUGCAAAUCGUGGCACUCUGCAGCCACUAAGAACAAUUUUAACAGUGAGUUGCCUAGAGUUCAAUGGUUGAUGUUAGCUGAAGAGGAAGAGGAUGAUGGCAGUUCCUCGUGUUGUCGAAAAUUCUUCAGCCUCUAUAAUGGCAUGAUUUUGAACAAGAGGAUCCCAAAAGCCAGCAGAAAACGUUGUAUGGAGUCUAUGGGAUGGCUUAUCACAGUUGGAGAAGACGAUGGUGAAAUUAGUCUGCUACAUCCCUUCUCCGGUGUUCGUAUUGAAUUGCCCCAUCAGAAUACCACAGAAAACUAUGAUGCCCGCCGAGUGGGCCACGUGAUGACCUUUUUCCAUAAAGCAGUUCUGUCCGCUAGUCCUUCUCAUACAUCCGACUAUGUUCUCAUGGUUAUCGAGGCAGGUGCCCACUUCCUUAGUUUUUGGAGAACAGGAGAUUUGAGAUGGACCAGGAUUAGCUGGGACCGUACUCACUCUCGAUAUUUUGAUGUGACAUAUUUUAAUGGGCACUUUUACGCAGUGAAUAGUCGAGGCCACGUCGUAGUUUGUGAUGUUGCUGGCACUAAGAGUCAAAUUGUGGCAGAGUUACCAUUCGGUCCUGUUUACUAUCAGGGUCAGUUCUACAUCCUAGAAUCACUAGGAUCAUUAUUUGUAGUUUUGCGCAAUGGUAUCCGACUAAGGCAAGUCAAAGAUGAUUGCGACAGGAUUCCGCUGAGGCUUAUCCCCCGAUUGACUAGUCAGGAGGGCAUAACAUAUGGGACAACAGAUUUUCGAGUUUUCCAGGUCGAUUUACCUGCUGGCAAAGCGACCCAAACCAGGGAAUUAGGGGACAGAGCCUUUUUUCUGGGUGCUAAUGCUUCUCUUUCAGUCCAAGCUUCUCAUUUUCCAGGAAUCAAGUCCAAUCAUAUUUAUUUUACAGACGAUUUUUAUUUAUCAUACCUCCUCUAUGAAGAAGGAGGAGGCUCGGACAUGGGGGUGUUCAGCUUAGCAGAUGGCAGCAUCCAGCCGAUUUACGAGGGUGUUUCCUUCAGUCGAGUUUGUCCUCCAACUUGGGUCACACCAACUCUGUAUUGAGUCAGACACCUUCGUUUGCUUACUCUAUUUAUAAUGCUAUAUGUUCUUGUUUUACAUAUAGCAUAAUUACAGCCUCUCAUUUACUUCAGAUGAUUGAUGUAUCUUUCUUGUUUUCAUAGUAUAAUUUAAUAAAAGAUACUCGCAUUAGUUGUUGUGCUU